GGUACCUGUAUGUAGUUCUUGAGGUACUAGAAUGUCCUCAACACGUCUGAGGUAUCUGUCCGUUUCGAGCAUUCUUUGAGCAUUUUUUCCUUGGUUGCACAUUCUAUGUCAAUCAUUUCAUACAGCCAGAUAUAUAGGUCAGCAGCCCUCUUUCCUCCGAUGCACCCUUACAACUCUGUCCAUUUCAUCCCCAUCAUUCUACUCCGACACCUUCCCUCGUUCGUAUCAGCCUCACAACACAGCUUGACCUCCAGAGACCCACCAGAGCAAUUAUCAACUUCCCCUGCAUUCUGUCACAAACCUUCAACUUGCAAUGGACGACAACCCCCCCAUGACAGUCCUGACCGCCGCCUACGGAAUUUCAUUCGCCCUCCUUUGCGUCGUAAUGUGGUUCGUCCCAGAACCCAAGCUCUCUAUCGUGUGCGGCAUCUUGAUCAUUAUCGCUUCCGACGUCACGUUCCACUUACGGGAGAUCAUCGCGCUGCAAAAGAAGCAACUACAAAAGCAUCAGAUUGCCAAGUUGACGGUAGACAAGAUUGACGAGUAUACCACUCUAUACGGAUCUCUAGUCGAAAAGGUCCUUGUCCUGAACAAGGAGCUUCUCCUCCAACACCAGGAAAUGCUUGCUCAUUCAAAGGACAAACUUGCCCACGACAAGGACAAGCUUUCUCAGGAGAAAGAGACCCUUCCCCAAUACAAAGAGAUCGUGGCCAUGCAAAAGGAAAUUCUGGGCUCGAGGAAAGAGAGGGUUGAUCAAGACAACAAGGCGGACGUUGCUCAUGAGAAGGAGACACUUGACCAAUACAAGGAAACUGGCAGCGUGCACAAGGAGUUACUGGGUCAAUGCAGAGAGAUACUUGGCUGUCAGAGACGUCUAGGGUCGAUGACCGACAGAAGUGCGGUUCUACAGUUGAGGAUGGGCGAUAUGCUGAUGGUGCAGCUGAGGCAGUUGGAUGUGCUUCUCAGGAAACUGGGAGUGGAGGUGAGGCCCCCUUUACCGCCUGCAACUGGUCUUAGACCAAGCAGGUCUGGAGACCAUGCGCAAUGAGAUGGCCAGAGCCACAUACGACUGCAUUGAACGGAGCAUGCAAUGGCCGAACAGAAUAAUAUAUUUGAUUGUUAGGGCGUAGGACACGAUCUUGCUGUAUCUGAGACGGAAGGAAGACUGGGCCGUGGCGCUCAAUGGGAAGAUUCAUCAUUGAUAGAGGAUAGGUGAAUUUAGCAUGGGGAAGUACAGCAGGGGUAGUCAUGAAGAUACAAUGGCAAUAGGUGUACAAGACACUCUCUACCUCU